AUGGAAAACAUUGUUUCAAAACACGGCCAUGGUCACGACCAUGUAGAUGAUACUGAAGGAGUGGUUAUGGCUAAAGGAGUCGCUAUGGCGGUCCUCUUCUGUGCCUCUAUGGUUUGUGGAAUCACUCCUCUUUUCCUGGCUAAGCGUUUCCGGUGGAUCUCAACAGAUGAGGCGGAAAAUUUGAAGUCCAAAAACCGGGUGGUCAUGUCCCUGCUGUCAUUCGGUGGUGGUGUUCUACUAUCGACUACCUUCCUUCAUCUGCUGCCUGAAGUUCAGGAGAACGUUGAUUAUUUGCAGGGAGUCGGUAAGAUGAAAGAGUUUGACUUCUCCCUCCCGCCACUUCUCAUGUGCUGCGGUUUCUUCAUCAUGUAUCUGGUAGAGGAACUGGUGCACAUAUAUAUACAUUACCGCGAGAAGAGGAACGGGCAGGCGGCUCUUCUGGUGAGGAAUCUCAGCGUAAGGCGGAGUCGGACCAAAGGUAGCGAGAGCGACGGUGAUAAGAGCGUCUCUAACUCAAUCGCUGACCUUAUUGACCCCGCUUCAAUAAAAAAGUCUAAGGAUCCAGAAAUUAACAACCAUCACAAUCACUCCCACCAUCACAGUCACAUGCCAGUGACUAAAGAGGAUGACGUCACCUCUGCAUUACGUGGUCUACUAAUUGUGCUUGCCCUUUCCGUUCAUGAAUUGUUCGAGGGUCUGGCUGUCGGAUUAGAAUCGAGCACUUCUCAUGUAUGGUACAUGUUAGGAGCAGUUUCCGCCCACAAACUCGUCAUUGCAUUUUGUAUUGGUGUAGAAUUAAUUGCUACACGCACAAAGAUCUGGCUUGCUGUAAUCUACAUUACGACAUUCGCUAUUGUAUCUCCUUUGGGUAUCGGCAGUGGACUUUUAUUAGUCGGAGGCCAAGGAGCCACAGCUGCAGGAGUUUACUCAGUGGUUCUUCAAGGCCUAGCAUCGGGAACUCUACUGUAUGUCAUCUUCUUUGAGAUUUGGAAGAACGACAGAACUGGUAUCGUCCAGUACUUCGCAGCUGUUACCGGAUUUUGUGUUAUGUUUGGAUUACAAAUGUUGACGGGGCAUUCGCACAGCCACUCCCACGAAGAGUCGAACGGACACCACGGUCACUCUCACGACAAAUGA